AAGCCCAAAAGGGCCCUACAGUCCCACCCUUGAAUACCACCUAAUCCCUCCUUUCACGGUCCAAGAUACAAACGAUAAUCUCAUAUAUCUCAAAUCUCUAUUUGACCUCUUACAACACCGACCAGGUCAAACUAUGCCGAAUAAAUUGCGCGGCGACCUUCACAAGGUUGACACAACAUCCUUUGAUUACAUUUAUGAGGAGAAUGUAACCAUCCAACUGCAGAAUGGACGUGGAAUUGUACGAUGCAAUGUUUUUAGACCUAAAGCCCCGCCAGACUCCAAAUUCCCCGUCCUAGUGACAUACGGACCUUACGGCAAAGACGUCCACUACUCAAUAUUCCAUGCUAGCUCGUUCGCGGAAGUUCCUGAAGAGCAUCACUCGCCACAUUCAGCUUGGGAAACACCCGAUCCUGGGUUUUGGACGCGCAAUGAAUACGCUAUCGUCCGAGCCGAUGAAGUCGGGCUUGGUCAGUCUCCGGGGGUGCUUAAUACUAUGUCUAUGGACACCAGUCUUGCAUUCAAGGAUGUGAUCGAAUGGGCCGCCUCUCAAUCAUGGUCCUCUGGUAAGGUUGGUCUACUUGGAAUAAGCUACUAUGCUGGAAGUCAAUGGCGAGUAGCAGCGCGACGACCACGAGGCCUGGCAUGCAUAAUCCCUUGGGAAGGAAUGAGCGAUUACUAUCGUGAUCGCUGUCGACACGGUGGGAUAUUGUCUAAUACAUUCAUUGACUUUUGGUGGAAUCGACAAGUUAUUGUGAACCAAUACGGUCGGCCUGGAAGAGCUGCCCGCAAAUGGGGCCCAGAUACUAUUGAAGGUAACCUAGGAGAAGACGAACUUCGCGCUAAUUGCCAUGACCAAAAUGUGGACAAUGUCAAAAACCGUUUCCUUGACGAUGACUAUUAUGCCACCAAGGACUAUAAUAUGUCCGAUAUCGAGGUCCCACUGCUGUCUGUUGGAAAUUGGGGCGGUAUCUUACUUCAUUUAAGAGGUAAUGUGGAAGGUUUCAUGAACGCCGGUUCUCAACAUAAGUAUCUGCGAUUUGUCACUGGUCGACAUGAUCUUCCUUUCUAUACCAAGGAGUGCGUGGACAUCCAGCUGAGUUUUCUCGAUGCAUUCCUCAAAGGCAACGACCCUCAAGGUUGGUCGCGGGGUGAGCAACCAACAGUAGAAUACAAAGUUCGAGUGGGCGAUGUCGGAUUCAACAACGCAGCUGCUGAAAGCGCUUACCCUUCACGCUAUGCAGACGAAUGGCCAAUCCCCGGAACAAAGUAUACCAGAUAUUAUCUAACCUUGGCUCAAGGAUUAAGUGAGGGUCCCACUGCUCAGGAUGAGGGCAAGCUUUCGUAUAAGGCGUUGGGUGACCUGAAAAAUCAACACCUUAUUCAAUUCACCAGCCAGCCAUUUACAGAGGAGGUCGAGUUCACAGGCCAUGUUGUUGUGCAUUUGAACGUAUCGGUCACAGCUCAAGAGGACAAAGCCAAUAAACCUAGUGAUAUUGAUCUUUUCCUUACCGUCCGUCACUUGGAUGCCACAGGUAAGGAGAUAUUCUACACAGGUACUGUAGGUGACCCCGUGCCUGUCUCCAAAGGCUGGCUCCGGGUCAGUUUACGGGCCACAAACGAGAAAAGUCCGAGACAUACAUUCUGGCAUCCUCAUCGAGAGUAUUUAUCGGGUGACCAUUCUCCUCUUAUUCCUGGAAAUAUCUAUCCAGUAGAUGUGGAAAUAUGGCCUACGAAUGUGGUGAUGUCGCCUGGCGACAAGUUGGUGUUUGAGAUAUCCUCGGGAGAUACCCAAGGUGCUGGACUGUUCGAGCACAACUCAAAGGAUGAUCGAGAUGAAAAGACGUUUGGUGGAAUAAAUCAUGUUCAUUUUGGAAAGGAGUAUGAAAAUUGGCUAUUGAUGCCAGUUAUACCGUCCAAGAGAACCUAAGCCUGGGCAUCAGAUAUAC